AUGGGGACGGAGCAGAGGAGCUGGAACACGGCCGCCGCCCUCACGGAGGACGGAGAGAGAGGCGCACCGGCAUCUGCUGUGAGGGGGGAGGAGGAGGAGGAGGAUGAGGCAGAACAUGUGGCCGACGCUGUCGCCGGUUCCUCGGAGGUACCGACGUCGUCGAUCUCCAUUGAAACCUCUCUUCCGCAGGAGCACAUGAAGCCUGGGAUCGUGUCAGUUCUCGUCUCCUCUGGCUAAACAACUCUUUCCUGUCCUUUUUUACCCCCUUUUCUUCUUUUCUUCGGACUCUCUUCGAUUUAAUUAGCUAAAGUGAGGUUUCUCCUGCCAAGUCGCUCCAUCCUUUUGAUCCCGACUCGCGUGAAUUUUAUCGACUCACCACGCGCUUUAGCAUGUACUUAUUUCGGCUCCUCGCUUGCCCUCGGAAUGAUCCGAAUUAAACCUUAUUAGCUACCUACGUCGUAUUUUUGCGUACUUCUUGCUUAGAGGUAACAACUGAAAGCACAAUUACGUAAAGAAAAAAGUCAACGUUAAUACAGUGAAGAAAAUUUUCUUGGAUCUAUAUCUUUAUGUGAUGAGGAUCCAAUACUUAAGCGAAUCUUAUUCAAAUUAUUCAAAUAGUUGAUCGUAAAGAGUUCUACCAAGCCAAAAUAAUGUAAGUUGCCUAAACAUUAUCAGCAUUGUGGUUUAAAUUUACUUAGAUGGUCUAAAUCGACAAUAACGGUAUCUUCGGAGGAAAAAAUCAAGAUAUGAAAUCAAAAUAACUAAAGUUCCUCCCCUAAACAACAGUCCGUUGAUUGUGUGACCCAAGUUAAUUUUUUCGUUGUCAAAUAUGUGAUUAUAUGAUACGAAUGAACGCCAACUGAUACGGGAAUUUAUGAUUGACGUGUGUUGACACCUUUACUAAUGGAUUUGAAAUCAAAAUCCACACCUUCUUAGUGUGAAUGAAGCACGGAACCUGUUCAACGAGGGAUAAACAAAAAGUGAAACUGUUAAUGCUAUUUAACUGAAGUCGUGAUUGGUUGGAUCUCUUGUGCUGAUAGUUUUACAUUUUUCCUUGCUACAUUUUGAUUUUAAUGCAGAGAGUUAUGUAAGGAUUUAUUCAAUAAAUGGUCAUCUCUCGAUGACACAAACUUCUUGAUUGAGAAAGUCUCUGGUGGCAUCACAAAUCUUUGUAAGUUUUUACUGCACAGAUUUUCAUCACUUGUAUUUCUUUGGGAUUUGGCUAAAGUCUUCAAAGAUUUUCCUAUCAUGAAACACAAUUUCAGUAUUUCAUGGAAAAAAAAGUGCCAGCCACUGGAAAAUCUUAGUUUUAAAUUCAUAUGCGAUUGCUUUGGAUGUGUAGGAGCCUUUUUUCAUUCACAUGGAACGUUCUAUUUCCAAAAAAAAACGUUUGACGCUGGCCUAUAUCAGUGUCCUCUGUAUUUUUUCUAUCAUGUCUCAUGCUGAUGAAUUUCUUGAAAAUUUUAACCGAUAAUCUGUCAGCUAUAACAUUCGAUCAUAUCUAAUUGAAAAUGUUUCUUUUUCCUCCCUGUCCAUCAUGCAUCUGAUGAUUGUAACAACAUCCAGUCCCACCAGCUAUCCUGGCUUUUGUUUGCUCCGUAAAUAAUUGAUAUUGUUAGACUGGAUCUGGGAAACCUCAUUUCGUUUUUUGGUCUUCUUAGAUCAAGAUCAGAGAGAGGGUUAGGAAGACUUAUAGUCCAGGGUUCGCAUCAGAUUUUAUAUUUAUGUUUUGGAUUAUGCACUCUGACAAACUUGUCAAUAACCUUGCAGUGCUAAAGGUGUCCGUUAGGGAAGACAAAGAAACAACUUGUCUGACAGUUCGACUCUAUGGCCCAAAUACUGAUAUUGUUAUUAAUCGGGAGAGAGAGCUGAAGGUGAUUUUUCAGACCUGCAUAUGUCGACUGAACUUCCCUGCUUGAAAACCUGAGUUUUCUCCUCCUAGGCUGAGAACCACUACGAAUUUGCAGCAUUAUUUAUUUUCUUCUACUCAGGACCGUCCUUAUUUCCACUGUACAAUGGCCUGUAUCAAAUCAUGUUUUGAAGUUGAAGAACGCAAUAUAACAUGAUUUUAUAGCUAAUAUCUGCCCCAAUGCGGUUAGAUUACAGAUUUUUAAAAAAUCAAGUUAAAUCAUCCACUCAUUCAAAUUACAAAAGACAUCUCUUCUUGUCCCCGUCCCCGCAUAUCAAAUUUGGCAUAAAAAAAUUUGGCCCAUAGAAUCAUCUCUCUUGCUUUUACGCAUAAAAAAAUGGCAUCCUAAUGUUGAGUGAGAACUUUGAGCUCGACUAUCAAAUUUGGCCCAUAGAAUGUUUUCUUGCAUUCUAUCGAAAGUAUGAUUCUUCAUUUAAUAGUUGAAAAUGUGGUUUGUUAUGUGUUAUGGUUUAAGGCCUCAUUUUAUGCAGUUAUGUACUGCUUGAAAAGAAAUUCAAAGUCAAUCAAUAGUCCACUUGAACCUGAUGACAUCCCUUGGCUGUCUGAAAACAAAUUUCCCCUCCGUUCCUUUCUCUUAUUUGCUGCCUUGACAUUGUUGAGAACCAUUCUUUCCAUCCGAUGUGAGAUUUGAAAUCUAUGGUUUAGACAUACGAAGUUGUUCUUUCAUUUUACAUUCCCUUUAUUUUUCGGAACGCUAACUAACGUUAUUAUACUUGGAUUAGGCCAUACGCUACCUCUCAGCUGCUGGUUUUGGCGCCAAAUUGCUUGGGAUAUUUGGAAAUGGCAUGGUACAAUCUUUUAUUGAAGCCCGUACUCUUUCACCGGAAGGUAAGUGCAGAAACUUUAAUUUUGUUCAUCAGAUUGGAGGCAAAAUCUAGGAUAGCCGUUGAGUCCAUAUGUGCAUAUUUUGAAGCCAUCAGCUUUACAUGUCUUUGGGCCAAAAUCCAAGUUUUUAUGUUCCACGGGAGAGCAGUAACCGAACUUUGAUCAGUCGACCAAUUGGCAGAUCUUGCCUUAAAAUGAUCGAUUCAGUUAGCUCUGGGAGAUUGCUACGGCCAUUGACUCUAGCUAUCUUGCCAUCAUCUGUUUGACGUCUGUUUUGGAGCCAGUGUCGACGGCUUCAUGCUCACUGAAGCUCAUGCAAAGCGAGUGUCCGUCUGUGAUUCAUAAAAAUCUCAUGGAAGCUUGCCAAUGGUACAAAUAAACCAUCCCGUUUGGCAUCCAUCCAUUUGGGGUUUUCCAGUUUCCUUUGUGUGUUAGCUUGUUCGUUCCCUUUCAGGUGAGAAAAUGAUAAAAUGACCACCUUCAUGUUAUGGAAAAUAUUGAUGGCAUUACCUCUCAUACUUUACUGAUGGGGUAUGACUAAAUUCUCUUGGUUGUCUUUCAGUCUUGCUUUUCUGUUUAGAACGGAUCAUGCUGCCUAAAACUUGUUUAAUUUUGUAAAUGUUUGGUUGAAGUUUAUGAGGAUGGAAUUCUAAUGUUCAAAUUGUUUGGAUCAUUUGCAGACAUGAGUAAACCACAGUUAGUUGCAAAGAUUGCAAGGGAACUCCGUAAGUUUCAUCAGGUGGUCAUAUCUGGCUCCAAAGAACCACAACUAUGGAAUGAUAUCUGUAAAUUUCUUGACAAAGGUUAUCCCUCGAUCAGUACUUCAUUCUAGUGCCUGCUAAUGAAAUUGUAGAAUUUAUGAGCUUCUGGUGUGUUCUUGAUCAAUUUUAUGAUCUUGGUAUCCGUGGUUAUGUGGCCGAUUUUACCUAUUUCUUUGGUUGCAGCCGUUUCGCUCAAGUUUAGCGACAAUGUUAAACAGGAAAAAUUUGAAACAAUCUCUUUUGAAGAGAUUCAUGGUGAAAUUGCUAAGCUCAAGGUGCCCCCUUCCUCUCAAAUUUUCUUCUUAAACGCAGUAAUAAUUUGAUUCAUCCCAAAAACUUUUUAAGAUGAAAUCUUAUUGAAGUGCACAGUUUCUGCUCAGAGGUUGUCUCACCUUGGGAUCAUGAGUGUGCCUACUAAUGGUCCAUGUAUGACACACUGCUUAUCCUCUCUUUCCUUUUUAGAUCUCUGAGCACAGGCAGAUCUAUUUCUGAUUCUUCCAUAGGUAAAUGUGGAAUAGAGUUUCUGCACAAAUGAUCGUUGACUUCAAGGUUGCUCACUGCUCAUUGUUCUAUCUCAUGUAUCAGUGGGAGUGUAUAGUCCACACCAUUUGAGUUUCAUAAUUUGGCGACUUGACCUGCCUUGGGUCUUUCUAUCCUACGAAAUUUGGCAUGGUGAACGUCAAUCAUACCGGAGACCUGGAUCAUCUCGAAGCAAAACUUGAUAUUCUGUCUAUAAGUCAAAUCGAGCUAUCCUGAUACCCCAAGUUGAUUUGAAUUGAACGCCUUUGACUUUCUCGGUUUCGGUGCCCAGGACAAGACUUCGUUUUAUUAACGAGCUGGCCAAAAUGUCCUUUCUGAUCUAGGCUUUCCACCUUUAAUGGGCCUUAUCUUGGAUACUUAGCAUCUGUGUUGCUAUCAGGAUCUGACAGAACGUCUAAAUGCUCCUGUCGUCUUUUGUCACAACGAUCUGCUCUCGGGGAACUUGAUGCUCAGCGAGGAUGAAGGUACUAAUUCUCUCUCUUUUCCUUGUGGCAAUUGACUUGUUUCUUCGUGGAAAACUUGAUUAUGUGCGCUUGCUCUAUAUUAGAUCUGACAGUGUCAGUGAGGACUCCACCCACCCUCUGGCUCUUCUAUCCUCUAUUAGUUGAAUAUCCUGCUCCCCCUAUCACAGUUGGUCAAAUGCUUACAUCUCAUAUUGACAAGAAUGAUCACUGAUCCGAUUCAAGCAAUCUUGGUAAUUGCCUCAUAUUAUAACUGGUAAGCUUGUGCUUCCAGAGAAGCUGUACCUGAUCGAUUUCGAGUACGGAUCAUACAACUACAGAGGCUAUGACAUCGGGAAUCACUUCAACGAAUUUGCAGGCCUGGAGUGCGACUAUAGCCUGUGUGUAUUCCCCUCACCCUCGGGCUCUCUAUCAGAAGAACUAACUGAGAUCUCUUAUAAAUGGAGACCAAAAAUAUUUUAUCUUGCUUACCUGUUCUAACUCUAGGUACCCGGACAAGGACGUGCAGUAUCUCUUCUUCAAGAAUUAUUUACAGUUUGACAAGGCAGAGGUACGUGAAGUUGCUACGAGCCCCUGCGAUCUGUUGUCCCGUUCAUCACGAUCACUCUCCCUUGAUUUCAACCGGUAGACAAGACAGAAAGAAUGCCGGUGAAAUACCUACCUGAGAGGAGGAGGGCCCUUCUCAGUGAAUGAAUGCUCUCAUAUUCUUGGCUGAAACUGUUCUUUUUCUUCCUACCGUGACCGCUGCUCCAGGUAUCGGACGAGGACUUGGAAGCGCUGUACGUGGAGACGAACACCUUCAUGCUGGCGUCGCACAUCUACUGGGCCAUAUGGGCUCUCAUCCAGGUGCCCCUCCCCCUGCCUUUUUGAUCUUUCUUCUUUAAUAUAUACAUAUUAUAUAUAUAUAUAUAUCGAGGAUUUGUGUUGAUCGCGGGUAUUGGGAUUGGGACAAAGAAGAGACUAAUCGUCUCGUGAUAUGAUGAUGCCCAGGCGUACGCCUCUCCGAUCGAAUUCGACUACCUGGGUUACUUCUUCCUACGCUUCGACGAGUACAAGAAACAGAGGGACAGGUGCUUCGCCUUGGCUCGGGGUUAUCUGUCAGCCCGGGGGUGA